AUGGCUGCCGAAGACGACUCAGCCUUAUGGGUGUCCACAAUCUUUUCGACCCUCCAGGCUAUGGCCAUUGCCUGCCUUGCCUCGCUAUGUCUCUACUAUCCUUGCUGGGUUGUCUACACAUUGUUCUUGCACCCUCUCAGCGUCUACCCGGGUCCCAAGCUCGCUGCAAUCACUCCUCUGGUUCACCUGCUGUGGGACAUCCAAGGAAAGCAACAUGCAGUUAUGAAGGAUCUUCACGACAAGUACGGCGACGUUGUCCGCAUCGCACCGAAUGCCCUCUGCUAUCGCGCAUCGUCGGCCUGGAAAGACAUUUACGGGCAUCGCAAGCGAGGGCAGCCCGUUUUCCUCAAGGACCCUUCACUGUACGCACCCACACCCAAUGGAGUCAAUGCCAUUAUUACCGCCAACGAAGAGGACCAUACCCGUAUGCGUCGACUGCUGACCCACGCAUUCUCGAACAAGGCCCUUCUGGAGCAAGAAAGCCUCCUGCAUGCCUACGCUGACAUGCUCAUUGACAAAUUGGCAGGCUUGAUGGGCGACCACUGCGCUCCAGUCGUCGAUAUGACCCGUUGGUUCAACUUCACCACUUUCGACUUGAUUGGCGACCUCGCUUUCGGUGAGCCCUUCGACUGUCUCACAAACAACCAGUAUCACUGGUGGGUAAUGAUCAUCUUGGAUGCAGUCAAAGCCAGUGCUUACCUGAAAGUGUUCUUUUUCUACCCAAUUCUCCUUCCGCUCCUUGCUCUGCUUGUCCCGAAGCAUCUCCUCCAGAAGCGCGAGGACAGUUUUGCACUAAGUGUGGAGAAGAUGCGCCGACGACUGAAGAGUGGCACGACCCGCCCGGACUUUACCUCGUACAUCAUCAAGCACAGCAAGGACGGCCGCAGCCUUACCCCCGAGGAGAUCGAUGCCAACGCGGCGGUUUUCGUUUUGGCCGGCAGCGAGACGACCGCGGCUUUGCUUUCGGGUUGCGUCUAUUACCUCCUUCGAUACCGUGAUAAGUACCUCCGAUUGGCGAAAGAGAUCCGCGGCGCUUUUAACAAACCCUCCGAUAUCAAGCUGGCUGCUAUCACCGAACUUCCGUAUCUCAACGCUGUCUUGACCGAGACUCUUCGCAUCUACCCUCCUAUCCCGUCGAUGCUGCCGCGCAUUGUCCCCGACGGCGGUGCCUACAUUGACGGCGAAUUUGUUCCCGCUGGAUCUGCCCGCUUCAUCGAUGACAACAAGGAGGCAUUCCAGCCAUUCUCAUAUGGUCCGCGGAACUGCUUGGGACAGCACUUGGCCAAUGCCGAGAUGCGCUUGAUCAUGACCAAGCUGUUGUGGCACUUCGACUUGGACCUCCUCGAGGAGUGUCGCAAUUGGUCUGUGCAAAAGACGUACUCGCUCUGGUCGCGCCCUGCUUUGAACGUCGCGCUCUAUCGCGCUGGCUCUGACAACAUUUAG